AACAGUUUGUUCCGACAAAGAAAGCGCUUCAGCGACUUCAGACUUCAUGUGAUUCCUGACUAAAAGGGUUCGAAACCCGGACUUCCUGCUGAGGGUACCCCCCUUAGAACCGAAUGAAGAAACAAAUCUUACUGCUUUUCACAUACCGAGGACUAGUAAGAAAAGGAAAGAAAAGUAAAAGAAGAAAAUGGCCAAUUUUAUAUUACGGAAAGCCGAGCCCAAGGACGUGUCUGACAUAUUGCGACUCAUAAAGGAACUAGCCAAAUUUGAGGAAAUGGAGGAACAGGUCGUCCUAACCGAAAAGGAGUUACUUGAGGACGGUUUCGGAGAUCAUCCGUUUUAUCACUGCGUCGUUGCUGAAUUACCGAAAGAUAAACAGUCCGUAGAGGGUUAUACAGUGGUUGGCUUUGCCAUGUACUACUUCACCUAUGACCCCUGGAUUGGAAAGCUGCUUUAUCUGGAGGACUUCUAUGUCAUGAAGGAGUUCAGAGGUUAUGGAAUGGGCUCUGAAAUCCUGAGGAUGCUGAGUGAGACUGCAGUGAAGACUCGAUGCAGCGGUAUGCACUUCAUCGUGGCUGAAUGGAACACAACGUCCAUUGAGUUCUACAAGCGGCGCGGUGCCUCUGACCUCUCCCACGAGGAGGGAUGGCGUCUCUACGAGAUUGACAAGUGCAACCUACUCAAGAUGUCUUCCAAGUAGACGUUAAGGUGGCGAAAGUGUUCAAUAAUGGGAUUUUAUAUGCUUUUGAUUGGUUCAACAGUUAUUGUUGUCUAAGAGAUAUAAUUGAGAUUACAAAUGCAAUGUAUUGUUUAAUAAAGUUUACACUUUGAGAAA